CACGCACCAGCCAAUAGGAUUGCACGAGAGCAGCACCAUCAGAGAUCAGAGGAAGAGCCCUGAAACUUCGCUUUAUCGCUUGUUUUGUUUCUGUUUAUCGAAUCCAGGUUUCCGGUUCCUGAAGCAGCUGCAGGACAGACAGGAGCACAUGACCAACUGACCGCCAGCAGCUGAGAGAAAACUACUGUUUUGAAUGAUGAAUUAUUUGAGGCAGUAAAGUUCACAGGACGACGGCUACAAACACCAUGUCAUCUAAAUCAUCCCUUCUUAAAGUCAUUCUCCUGGGCGACGGUGGAGUGGGAAAGAGCUCGCUCAUGAACCGCUACGUCACUAACAAGUUCGACGCCCAUCUCUUUCACACCAUCGGCGUGGAGUUCCUCAAUAAAGACCUGGAGGUGGACGGCCGCACGGUCACGCUGCAGAUCUGGGACACGGCGGGUCAGGAGCGAUUCCGCAGCCUGCGGACGCCCUUCUACCGCGGCUCCGACUGCUGCCUGCUGACCUUCAGCGUGGACGACAGCCAGAGCUUCCACAACCUCAACAACUGGAGGAAAGAGUUCAUCUUCUACGCCGACGUCAAGGAGCCCGACAGCUUCCCGUUCGUGCUUCUGGGCAACAAGGUGGACGUGACGGAGAGGCAGGUGACCAGCGAGGAAGCUCAGGAGUGGUGCAGGGAAAGCGGAGGAUACCCGUAUUUCGAGACCAGUGCUAAAGACGCGACUAAUGUCGCGGUUGCGUUCGAGGAAGCCGUCAGAAGAGUUCUGGCUUUGGAGGAUCGACACGAGCAUUUGAUUCCAACAGACACCGUUAACCUGCAUAGAAAGCCGCGCAGCAGCACAUCAUGCUGUUAACGGACGAGAUUGACCUCCAUUAGCUAUUUAAUGGUCCUUGAGUGAAGCAUCUGCAUUAUAUUUGAACAUGCACUUACUGGAAUAUAUGCACUUACUACUAAAAACUGGGUUGCUUUCAUUGGGUGACGUUCUUGUAUCUGAAUUGAAAUGCCUGAAUUUAAAUGAUUCUGUGCAAUCAGAUGUCUUAUAUAUAUAUAUAUAAAUCUGUCUUGUGGGAUUUGAGCAGGUUAUUGCAUAGAUAGACGGAUAUCAUUUUGUCUUGCAUGGCAGUCAAAUAGUGAAGAGCAAAUGCAAUAAAUGCACUGCAAAAACCUGUCUUGUUUUCCAUUAAAAAUAUCUAAACGUUUACUUGAGAAGCACAGCUGUGUAAGAUAACAGCACCUUUUUCACCUUACAUAUAUUGAAUUUAUUCGUCUUACCUCAUAGGCAAAUCUUUUUUUUUUUUUUAGUAAAAAAUCUUAUUUUAAAAUGCACAAGUCUGUCACAUGCUGUUUGAUUCUUAAGUAAAUGCUUCUUGUUUUAAGGAUGUUCAUAUAUUUUUACUGGAAAACAAGACGAAAAUGCUGAUUUUCGUUAUUUAUGUGAUUUUCUUUUCCUAUAACUAUGAUUAACUUAUGCAGGACAGGCGUUCAUACACUGUGGCUGAUUUCUAAUAUAUAUUAACAUAAUUAUGUAGAGAGUGCCAAAUAUAUACACAGUACUUAUGUAAAAAUAUGGAUGAGGUGAAGUGUCUAAGCACGCACUUUGAAAAGAAGCACUAAAAUCUCAAUAUUGUACAUUGUUAUAUUGAAAUUAAAGAAGUAUUGAACAGUA